AUGGAUUUCCACCCCACUUCUCGCAGUUCUCCGACUGCAGAAUCAUCUUUCCAGGUCAAGACUGGCCAACACGAGGAAUCCGCACGUAAUACCACCUCUGACAGCGACUCUGACUCCGACACAGAUCUCUCCGAAAGCCGUGUCUCAAAGCCUCGUGACACCGACUGUGCCAAUUCAGGUCGAGGCUCGUUGUGGAUUUUUAUCGAUAGAGACCAAGUGAAUCAUAACUACCCCACAGGCAUCCCAGAUGAUAUUUACCAACAGCCAACUUUCUAUUUGACAAAAGUGAUUAGAAAUUCGAAACGAAUUUCCAACUGGGCCAAACGUUUUUUAAGUGAAAAUUCUGCUCGUCAGAUUGAAAUGGGGCACGAUUUUGAUGGAGAAGAACCCAUUAUCAAGAGGUACACAAGAGGUGAACAAAUGGCUGCCUUAAAGGAAGUUCUUCUAUCACUCUUAACAGAAGGAUAUAGUGAAAGGGACAUAGCCAUCUUAUAUGGCAAAGAAGACUGCAUUCCUGAAAGAAAAUAUCUCUGCAGCCAGUUGAAUCUUCCUGAAGUUGUUGAUGCUUAUGGGAACGAUUCUGAAUGCGUCCUUGUUAGUACGUUCCGCAAGUACAGUGGGUUAGAACGACCACUUGUUAUUUUGGUGAACAUUGCAGCAUCGCUGCCUUAUCGAAGCGCACCAAACGCGUCGAUCUACUGUGCGAUAACUCGCGCAAUGGUCAAAGUAGUUUCCCUAGAGGAAAGAAAGGGACAGAAAAGGAAACACCAGCAUUAUAAGUGA